CCGUAUAGCAGUCCGACUGGAAACACGCUGUGGCUGUAAAGAAUCUUCGUUACCGGUUUACCUGGAAUUCUGUGGAUAAUAAAACGAACCGCACAGUGUUUUUAUUUGUUUGUAUUUUUCAUUGGAUUGUUUAUAAAUGGACGGAGUUCCAUGUCUCCGUGUGUCUCAGUGUCACACACAGCAGUUCAGGGAAUGUCUGCAGUCCAGAGGAGCUCUGGACUUGAGUUUGCGCCUGCUGAAAGACCCAGAUGGGACAGUUCUCUUGCCCAUUCAACCAUCCUGUCUGUCACAGCUUGAUCUGCACUCUUUCAGAGACACGUUGCCUUCUGACAGUGCUUGUGAAAUAGUUUGGAGUCAGUCUCUUCUGCAGUCAAAGAAAGAGAGGGGAAAGACGAGUGGUUGUAAACUUGAAAAAGUCCUCCAGGAGCUGUUGGAGUCUUGUGGUGAAAGAUGGACGGAGGAAUUGAGGAGGAACCUUCCUCGCAGCUUCCAGAAGCAUGGAGACCUUGUUCUGCUGGGAGACGGCUGUUUCUCCCUGCCACUUUGGAAGAAAAUAGAUGUUCAACAACUGUGGAGUGCAGUGGCCAAAGGUCUGGGUGCGAAGCGUUUGGCAAAGAUGAGUCGAAUAUCCAGGGAUGGAUUUAGAUCUCCUGUGGUGACGAUGCUGCUAGGAGAGCACAGCUGGGUCAAACAUUCGGAUAAUGGUGUCACGUAUGAGUUUGAUGUGACCAAAUGUAUGUUUUCAGCUGGAAACAUAACAGAGAAGCUCCGGGUGGCUGGAUUUAACUGCACAGGGGAGACUGUGGUGGAUUUAUAUGCAGGUAUUGGAUACUUCACACUGCCCUAUCUGGUGCAUGCGGGGGCCAACCAUGUUCACGCCUGCGAGUGGAACCCUGCUGCUGUCGAGGCCUUACAGAAAAACCUUCAGGCAAACAAGGUGUCUGACCGCUGCACUGUUCAUCAAGGAGACAACCGACAACUCCAGCUGUGUGACAUCGCAGACCGGGUGAAUCUGGGUCUCAUACCAAGCUCUGAGGAUGGCUGGCCUGUCGCUUGUCGCCUGCUGAAGAAAACAACUGGUGGCGUUUUGCACAUUCACCAGAAUGUCACGUCACCGCUACCGAACACUGCAGCAAUUGAUGAUGAUGAUGAUGAUGAUGCCGCGACUCGGAGGAUUUCUGGGAAGAAAGCAGACAGAGAGGUGUGGCAGACCUGGGCCGAUGACACAGCAAAACGCAUCACUUCUCUUUUAAAGGACGCGAGUGGUGCAUCGUGGACGACAAACAUCCAGCACAUAGAGCACGUUAAAUCAUACGCACCUCACGUUCACCACGUUGUGCUGGAUUUGGAGUGCAGGCCGCUCUGA